UUUCCGUCAGCUUUAUCGUCGCUUUAAUCGACUGCCUGCUCAUAUUUUUUUUGCCUCACACUCUGCCGAUUGUCAAUGAACUUUUGAGGUGACGGUCACGUCCCACACUUUGACUUUGUCAAUGAGUUUGGGCUUUCUGCCCACCAUCUCCCUGCGGCCAUGAGGUUUGCUGCGUAUGCUGGGGCCUCCGUGGCUUUAGCGACGGGCGUUUUUUUAAAAGCGCUCCAUCAGAGGGCAAAUUUCUACGCUGCCUGCGUAUAUCUCUCCCAAAGCAGUGCAAAUCUCAUGAUACUGACAAACGUAUGCCUUCUGGCUGUCGGUUUUCUCCUGUUUUGGCUCCAACGACUUCUCUACGGACCUUUGCGCCCUAUCGAAACGGAACAGCUUUACGAAAAGGCGUGGUUUGCGGUGACGGAAACAUGUUUGGCUAUGACAAUAUUUCGGGGGGAACUCGGGGCUUGGUUUUUAGUCAUGUUUGUUUCACUGCUUGUAGGGAAGGUCUGGGGAUGGAUCGGUGAAGGCCGUGUCGAAUAUCUCGAACAGCAACCCCCAGCAAACCCCGUCCUAUUUCAUUCCCGGCUGGCCCUCUCGCUCCUUUUGUCCGUGAUGUUCAACACCUUCAUGUUGAAGUACUGCAUCGACACCGUUUUGGAGCAAGCGCGCCCCGAUAUGAUGGUCAUGUUCGGUUUCGAAUUCGCUGUUCUGACCAUUCUUUCGAGUUCGACAGCUCUCAGAUAUUCAAUCUCGCUAGUUGAGAUAUACAUCAAUCGCCAGCAGAUGAAGGCUAGAAUCGAAGAGCGACGCCAGGAAAUCAGAGUAGCCCGUGAACAGGCUAUGGCCCGACAAACAGAGUCCGGAGAUCACUCUACACUUGCCGACUUGCUCGAUGAAAACGAUAUUAAUGAGAUGGAGCUUGAUGUUCCCGGUUGGGAAGAAAAAGGACGUUGGGUUUUCUAUCUGGACCUUCUGACCGACUUCCUCAAGUUAACUGUGUACUUGACCUUUUUUGCCAUCCUUUUCACUUUCUACGGGUUGCCCAUCCAUAUUCUCCGCGACGUGGUGGUCACCAUCCGCUCAUUUGGUCGACGAAUCAUGGACUUUGUUCGAUACCGUAACGCAACUCGUGAUAUGAACCAGAGAUACCCGGAUGCCACGGCUGAGGAAGUUGCGAGAGAAGAAGUGUGCAUUAUCUGCCGAGAGGAGAUGACUCAUUGGCAACAGCCUGGAGAUGGGCAAGCUGUCCCACCAAGACAAGUAUCGGAAAGACUUCGUCCCAAGAAGCUACCUUGCGGACACAUCCUCCACUUCUCCUGUCUGAGGAGCUGGUUAGAAAGGCAGCAGAACUGUCCAACUUGUCGUCGACCGGUUAUUGCGCCCGCUCGAGCCAACGGUGCCGUUGAGGGCGCCAACCCUGGGCAGGCUAAUGGCGCACCUGGGCAACAGCAAAAUAUGCCAGGAGGAAACCAGCAAUUUGGUAGGAAUGGCCCUCCGAAUGGGGCUCCUAGAGCUCGAAUUUACCAGUUUGGGCCUUUCAGGAUCGGCUUUGGGGCAGGAAGAGGAGAUCUAUUUCAUAAUUUCCACCAACAAGUUCAUCAAGGCAACAAUGCCCCAUUUCCGCAGGCAAACAAUGUUAUUCCUGCGGCUGCUAGGCAGAUUGGCUUUGGAUUCGGUUUCGGGCGGCCUCCCCCUGUACCUAACGCAUCCCAAACAACAUCAACGCCCACAUCCCAUGUUUCUAACAUGCAGAACCAACUGGAUCAGAUGGAGCAGCAGAUUAUGCAUGAUAUCAAUAGUCUCCGUGUGACUGCGGAUCAGCUACACCUGGUGCGGCUGCUACAGGCCGAACUACAACGCCUUCGUGCCUUGCAGCCACAACCAACAGACGCCCAGACAAACAUUUUGCCACCCUUUUCUCCACAUAUAGCUUCUUCGUCAACAACAACAAUGCGUCGCCAGUUUGUAUCAGACCCCGGGGCUCCAUCCAUGACCACAGGCGAUCCUCAACUACCCGAAGGGUUGACCCUUCCUCAAGGCUGGAGUCUCGUUCCUCUCCACUCCGCCGAUGCUGGUUCCUCUGGGAUCAUAAACCAAACUACCAAUGCCACCGCUUCAGACCUGGCAAUUCCAACACAGACCACCAAUGAUUCUUCUCCCCAGCCCUCGACUUCAGCGGUGAAUUCCGACAGUGCCGACACUGCCAAUAAUGACGCUGCAACUGUUUCCACUCCUAGACCUCAAGGGCUACCCAGUUGGCAAUUUGGAUCCAGCUCCUCCGAAACCGGCGCUGAAUCUCUUUCUCAACACUGGACCGAUUUGAGCGCGGAGACGGACUCAGACCAAGCCCUUAACUCGUCGACCAACCGCACCGAGAGCAACGGUACCGGCCGGCGAGAAGAGUCUAUGGCGGAACAUCAGACGUCAGGCUCACCGUCCAAAGGGAAAGCUCGCAUGGCGACGGUAGAAGAUGUGGCAGAUGAUGAGACAUGACCUUGACAUUGUAAUCUUGAUACAUUAUUUCUUCCACUUCGCUUUUCGUGAUAACCCUUUGCUCACUUAGCACUUUUACAUUUUUUUUGGAUGAUGCAUAUUUUUUUAUAUUCUCCUACUAAGUUGCUCCUUGGGACAACCAUUGAACGGCAUUUUUUUUCAGCAGGUCCGGAUUAUAACCCGGGUACUCUUGCGCCUGCUGUAGAUGGAUCAGAGAUGAUCCUUUGCCCCCCUAGUUUCCCAAUUUCUUUUCUUCUUCCUUCUAGGGUUGAAUCCCUCGAGUGAACGCAGGUUCCUACCCCAUUUGUACAUACGAGCCAAAAUCCAUAUACCACAAGGAUAACAGGAUGAGAAAUCUACUACCCCCUGAGAUUUAACCUAAACAAUAUAUUGGUGGGCAGAAUCCCAAG